CAGACACUGCAGAGCGCAGGCUGUCACCUCCCCUCCGUCGAGCUGUCAGUUGACAGCAGCACACAUGAACCUCAGUGCUGCAGACGGAGUUGACACCCGUUGAUUUUACGACUAAAUAACUGCUCCUCGGCGUUUUAAUUCAGACGGAGCAAAAACAUGACAGGAAACACCCCUGUUGUCUCUACGGACUGAUCACAAGCGCGUAGGAGGAGGGCUGAGCCGCUUGCUAGUUGUGAGCUGCUAUCUAAUGUUAAUAGUUAGCUUGCAUGCUAAUGGUAGCUAGUUGGUGAACGGAGUCCGGUUCUGCUUUGUGCCGUCACGUUAGGUAGCUGGCUCGCUAGCGAAGGUCGGAGGGACUAACGUUAGCUAGCUGGUAGUCAAGAGCGUUUAUUAGUUAUUCAGCAUCCUUAAUGUGUCAUUUAUAAUUUGUUUUAAGGCUGCAUAAUACGUUUUGUAAUAUUUGUGACGGAGCUUGACAUUACUCUUGUUUUAUACGUUUAUUAAUUUUACUGAAUUUAUCGUUGAUGUUUGCUAGCUAGCGAGCUACUCGGCUAUGCUAACGCCAGCUCAGUGAGACCUCACAUCGCAGGGCUGCGGAGAGCUCCAGACUAGUCAAGGAAGGAAGAGAGGUGACUUAUGAUGUGGGCUGAGGGAAGCGGCGGACUGUUAGGCGAAGGAGAGCAGCAGUAUUAGCUUUACACAUCGCAUUGUCUCAUAACAUUCCUUGUCGAGGUAACAUUAGGACCAUAGCGUCAGCCAAGCUGUGUGGGACAGUUGCAUGAAGAAAAUAAUUUGGACACUUUGAUUUGCGAGCUGGCUAAAUGAGUAGUAUUACUGAGUCGUGAGCUAGUGGCCACUGUGCCAGCUUUAAGGGAAGACACCCUGUCAAGAUUAUCGCACAGACUGCAAUAACCAGCCAGUUUGCUUAAAGAUGGCUUCGGCGAGCAGCAUUGCCGCAGCUAUUGCGAGCAAGACGAAAACCAAGAAAAAACACUUCGUUGCUCAGAAAGUGAAGCUCUUCCGUGCCAGCGACCCUCUGCUCAGCGUGCUUAUGUGGGGAGUCAACCAUUCGAUAAAUGAGUUAAGCCAUGUUCAGAUUCCCAUCAUGCUCAUGCCAGACGACUUCAAGGCCUAUUCUAAGAUCAAAGUGGACAACCACCUCUUCAACAAGGAGAACAUGCCCAGCCAUUUCAAGUUCAAGGAGUACUGCCCUCUGGUGUUUCGAAACCUCAGGGAGAGGUUUGGCAUUGAUGAUCAGGACUUCUUGAACUCUCUGACACGCAGUGCUCCCUUGAACAGUGAGGCCCAGGGACGGAGUGGGGCCCGCUUCCAUACCUCUUAUGACAAACGCUACGUCAUCAAGACCAUCAGCAGCGAGGAUGUUGCAGAGAUGCAUAACAUUCUGAAGAAAUAUCAUCAGUUCAUCGUGGAGUGCCAUGGCAACACACUGCUGCCUCAGUUUCUGGGGAUUUACCGGCUCACCGUGGAUGGAGAUGAGACCUACAUGAUUGUUACACGCAAUGUCUUCUCUCACCGCCUUUCCGUCUACAAAAAAUACGAUCUCAAGGGUUCCACUGUGGCAAGAGAGGCCAGCGACAAGGAGAAGGCCAAGGAGCUGCCAACCUACAAGGACAAUGACUUCAUCAAUGAUGGGCAGAAGAUCUACAUUGACGGGGAGAACAAGAAAAUGUUCCUGGAGAAGCUUAGGAAAGAUGUGGAGUUCCUGGCCCAGCUGAAGCUCAUGGACUACAGUCUGCUGGUGGGGAUCCACGAUGUGGAGCGAGCCGAGCAGGAAGAGGUGGAGAGCGAGGACAAUGAGGCCGAGGAGGAGGGCGAGAGUGACGGAGGGGGCAUUGGAACGCCUCCCGACAGCCCCAGCAACACCCUGGACAGCACUAAGCAUCUGUCACCUGGAGAGUUUGAUCCCGCUAUUGACGUCUACGCCAUCAAAAGCAACGAUAGUGCUCCCAGGAAGGAAGUUUACUUCAUGGCUAUCAUAGACAUCCUGCAGCAUUACGAUGCCAAGAAGAAAGCGGCUCACGCCGCCAAGACUGUCAAACAUGGGGCCGGAGCGGAGAUCUCCACAGUCAACCCAGAGCAGUACUCAAAGAGGUUUCACGAUUUCAUCACCACUAUUCUGUCAUAGCCUCCAGGAGCGACAGGGGGCACAGAGGCACAUGGGAAAGGGAGGGCAAGUGGGGAGUAGUGCGGGGAAGAGAAGUGAUGGAGAGAAAAGCCAUCGAGAGGCUGAAUUAAUAAGGUGCUCAGAUGGCUUUGUAUCACUCUCCUUCAUGCUUUCUCCUCAUCACUGUUUGUUUCUUCUCUCUUUCAGUGGAGUGCCACGCUCUGCAGCUAUAAAAAAAAACAUCAUUCGUUUACAUUUAACCUCUCCUCUGUUGACUUUUGUUCAUGUGUUACUCUGAGUGACAAGGGUGUUGAAAGCAAGCGUCCAAGUCAUUUUUUUUUUUUUUAUAUAAUUUGUUUUUGUCUGUAUCGUUUAUGUGGGAACAUCCAGCACCCUGCAUUUUUUUUUUAUUUUCAUGUUUGUAUUUGUCUUCCCCCCCUGUGAUGUUUAGGGGGAGUUAAACGCGAGGGUAUGAUGUGUAUAGUGUGAGAUCAAGGGGAGUGCACAGGUCAGAUUACGGCACAAGGUGAGGUCCCUCUUGCAAGGAGAAGGCUUAAGCGGGUUGUAACGAGGAAGUUCACGUGGAGCCUCGCCUAAUGCAAUUGCUUUAUUUCAGGAAGUGGGAAGCAGUCUUCCAACAAGCCCACAGCAAGA